CUUUGAUUCAGUUUCUCUCCAAAUCUCGAGCUUUCGGGAAGCUAAUUGUGCGCGAUAGUGGUGCGUUAUGUCGGACAAAUAAUUUAUUUAUGAUUUUUGUUAUUUUAUUUUUUACUCUACGUAACUCACGUUAGAGAAACGUAUUUUUUGGACAAGCUCUAAUUAUAAUAUGCUAAUAAAAUUGAAUCUAAUCAUUUCAUUGUGAAAAAUAAGGAUAAAAGAUGGCUGAUCGCGGAAGUUUUUUGCGACGAUUUCUAUCUGCCUUGUUUUUUCUAUUGGUGUUAGUAGAACAUAUCCCGUCUGCUCUGGCCGAAGAUGGUCACUGCAUAUGGUACGGCGUUUGUGCGAACAGCACAGAACAUAAAAUGAUGAAUUGUUUCUAUGAUGGACCCGCUAAACCGAUCGAAGAAAAGGCAAUGAAAAUAAUUGAGCAAUAUUGUCCCGAGAUAGCCAAAGGAGGUUAUUCGUGCUGCAAUUACGAACAACUGAACCAGCUCAAAGUGAAUAUCGCCCUUGCGGAAAAUUUGCUGGGGAGAUGCCCGACGUGCUUUCAGAACUUUUUGAAGCCGAUCUGUGGAAUGGCCUGCGCCGUCGAUCAGAGCAAAUACUUGAAGCCAGUUCAAACAGAACAGUUCAACGGUACACAUCGCAGGAUAUCUGAGAUCGAUUACUACCUGAGUAAAACUUUCAUGGAUGGCAUCUACAACUCAUGCUCUGAGGUUAAGCUUACGUCAACAAACGAGCGAUCCAUAAAGGUGAUGUGCGGUCAGUGGGGAGACGCGUGCUCGGCGCAACGUUGGUUCGAUAACAUGGGGGACGCUUCCAACUAUCAAGUGCCCUUCCAGAUUAACUAUAAGGCCACUGACGUGCCCGUCGAUGGGUACACGCCCUACGCUCCGAUAGCCGAGCCCUGCAAUGUCGGAACGAAGGGCAUGCCGGGCUGCUCGUGCCUGGACUGCGAGGCGUCGUGCCCCGCGCCCCCGCCGCGCCCCCCGCCCCCGCAGCCGUUCUCCAUCGCGGGCUUCGACGGCUACGCAAUCGUCAUGACCAUCGUAUUCUGUAUCUUCUCGACGCUGUUCCUCACGGGCGUCUUCUGUUGCAAUCAAACCGAAAACCUCGUUGAGUGCGGCCCCGAGACGAGCCCGCUGCACGAGCGCCGCGCCAGUACGUACCCGCCCCUACUGCAUACGCACGGUGUGUCUUCAGACAACAAUCAAGAGAUGGGAACAAACGCGUCGGGCACGCGCUGGACCAUGGAGGCCACCGAUGGCGACGAGACAGACGCGACGUUCCUCGAGAAGCUCGGUGCUGCGACGGAAUCCAAAAUUGAAGACUUCUUCCAGUGGUGGGGCUGCGUCAUGGCCUCCUCGCCUUGGCUGGUCCUCUUCUCUGGUUUGUGCGUUGUGGUGAUCCUCGGCUCCGGCAUCACGUACAUGCAGGUGACCACCGACCCCGUGGAGCUGUGGGCCUCGCCCACCUCGCGCUCCAGGGUCGAGAGGCAGCGGUUCGAUUCCUACUUCGAACCUUUCUACAGGACAGAAAUGUUAAUAAUCAGCUCGAAAGGUCUGCCCGAGAUCGAACACGCGAACCUGACUUUCGGGCCUGUGUUCAACGCCACCUUCAUGCUGGACGUGUUCGACCUGCAGUCCAAGAUCUUAGAGCUCGGCAACGAGUCCGGGAUCCAGAACAUUUGCUACGCGCCGCUGUCGUCGCCCUUCCGCGGCCCCGUCACCAGCAAGGACUGCGUGCUGCAGAGCGUGUGGGGCUGGUGGCAGAACGACAAGUCCGAGUUCUCCUACGAGGACAACGAACACCUGGACAAGAUCCUGCAGUGCUCCAGCAACCCGAUCUCGGUGGACUGCCUGUCGUCGUACGGCGGGCCCGUCCUGCCCGGCGUGGCGCUGGGCGGCUUCCUGCCGCGCGGCGACCAGCUCUCUGCCCACGCGCCCUACCACCGCGCGCAGGCACUCAUCCUCACCUUUCUCGUCAACAACAAGCAGGACAAGUCCCAGCUGAAACAAGCACUGGAGUGGGAGAAGACGUUCAUUGCGUUCAUGAAGAACUACACGGAGAAGGCGAUGCCGGGCUACAUGGACAUCGCGUACACGUCGGAGCGCUCCAUCGAGGACGAGCUGGACCGCGAGUCCAAGUCGGACGUGUACACCAUCCUCGUGUCCUACUUCAUCAUGUUCGCGUACAUCGCCAUCGCGCUCGGCCGCUUCACCACCUUCUCGCGGCUGCUCAUCGACAGCAAGAUCACGCUCGGGCUCGGCGGUGUGGUUAUCGUGUUGGCGUCUGUGGUGUGCUCCAUGGGCAUCUUCGGGUUCUAUGGAGUGGCGGCCACGCUUAUCAUCGUGGAGGUCAUCCCGUUCCUGGUGCUGGCCGUCGGCGUCGACAACAUCUUCAUCCUGGUGCAGACCCACCAGCGCGAGCCGCGCCGCCCCGACGAGACCGUCGAGCAACACAUCGGUAGAAUGCUCGGCAAGGUGGGCCCGUCGAUGUUCGUGACGUCGGUGUCGGAGUCGGUGUGCUUCUUCCUGGGGGCGCUGAGCGACAUGCCGGCCGUGCGCGCCUUCGCGCUGUACGCCGCCGUGGCGCUGCUCGUGGACUUCCUGCUGCAGGUCACCUGCUUCGUGGCGCUGCUGGCGCUGGACACGCGCCGACAACUCGACAACAGGUUCGAUAUAUUCUGCUGUCUGCGGGGCACCAAAACAGACCUGGCAGAACAAGGUGAAGGAGCAUUGUACAACCUGUUUCAACAUUUCUAUGUACCUUUCCUGAUGAAGAGGGAAGUCAGAGCCUCAGUCAUGAUUAUAUUCUUUGCUUGGCUCUGCUCGUCUGUUGCUGUAGCGCCUCACAUCGACAUCGGACUAGACCAAGAGCUGUCUAUGCCCCACGACAGUUUCCAGUUGAAGUACUUCCAGCAUCUGAACCGCUACCUGAACAUCGGUCCGCCGGUCUACUUUGUGCUCACGGACGCCGAGACGGACGCCAAGCUGAACUACUCCACCCCCGACGUGCAGAACUUGCUGUGCGGCUCGAGGUUCUGUAGACCCGACAGUCUCGCCAUGCAGAUAUACGCUGCGUCCCGCAGCCCGGCCGACACGUACAUCGCGGCUCCAGCCAACUCUUGGCUCGACGACUUCUUCGACUGGUCUGUCUCACCGGAGUGCUGCUUCUACUUCCAGUCCAACAACAGCUUCUGUCCCAGCGACACUCAACCCGACGAUUGUGCCGCUUGCAACAUAAAGUUGGUGCAGCCGGAAGAGCGUCCCAGCCCGCAGGACUUCAGCACGUACCUGCCGUACUUCCUGCAGGACAACCCGUCGAGCCGCUGCGUCAAGGGAGGCCACGCGGCCUACUCGCACGCCGUCAACCUGCGCUCGCACAGCCAGAACACCACCGGGAUCGGCGCCACCUACUACCAGAGCUACCACACGGUCCUGCGCAGCAGCUCGGACUACUACGGCAGCCUGCGGGCGGCGCGCGCGCUGGCGGGCUCGCUCACGGAGACGCUCAACGCGCACCUCCGCGACCUGGGACACUCCGCCACCGUCAACGUCUUCCCCUACUCGGUCUUCUACGUCUUCUACGAGCAGUACCUCACCAUGUGGUCCGACACCCUCAAGAGCAUGGGCAUCUCCGUGCUCUCCAUAUUCUUCGUCACCUUCGUGCUCAUGGGCUUCGAUCUCUUCUCGGCUCUUGUAGUCGUAGUGACCAUCACUAUGAUUGUUGUUAAUCUCGGCGGCCUCAUGUACUGGUGGGGCAUCAGUUUGAAUGCAGUCUCGCUUGUAAAUUUGGUGAUGGCGGUGGGCAUAUCGGUGGAGUUCUGCUCGCACCUGGUGCACUCGUUCAGCGUGUCGGCGGGGCGCGGGCGCGGGGAGCGCGCGGCGGACGCGCUGCUGCGCAUGGGCUCGUCCGUGCUGUCCGGCAUCACGCUCACCAAGUUCGGCGGCAUCAUCGUGCUCGCCACGGCCAAGAGCCAGAUCUUCCAGGUGUUCUACUUCCGGAUGUACCUCGGGAUUGUGCUGUUCGGUGCGGCCCACGGACUCGUAUUCCUGCCGGUUAUGCUCAGCUAUAUCGGCAUAACCCGUCGCCGGGGACGCUGGCGAGUGUCCCGGAGCGGCCCCACCUACGGCAGUCUGAGCACGGCCGCCGAGCCGCACCCCUCGAGCAGCGCCCUCACCGACGAAAUGUAGCACCCCUGUGUGUGUGUGUGUGACCAACUUUGACGUGUAUUAAUAAUGUAAUCUACAGCAUUUUACAGUUUUUACUGGUGGUAGGACCUCUUGUGAGUCCGCGCGGGUAGGUGCCAGCACCCUGCCUAUUUCUGCCGUGAAGCAGUAAUGCGUUUCGGUUUGAAGAACAGGGCAGCCGUUGUAACUGUACUGAGACCUUAGAACUUAUGUCUCAAGGUGGGUGGCGCAUUUACGUUGUAGAUGUCUAUGGGCUCCAGUAACCACUUAACACCGGGUGGGCUGUGAGCUCGUCCACCCAUCUAAGCAAUAAAGAAAGAAAUGUAUUGUCAAAUUGCGCUAAUGAGCCAAAGGUAACAAUGACCCGUGAUCGAAUCUGAACCGUAUUACGACAUGGAUCCAGGUUUUUUUCCCUACGGGCGAGUAGGUGAGCUCACGGAGCUCAAACUUGACGUUGUUGCUAACACUGGCCCUAGUAAGAGCAGUGCUUCGUAGAAUCUACCACCGGAUCGGAAACGCGACCCACUGAGAAGAUCCGGCGAGAAACUCAGUGGGCGACCCAGUUAUGCUUGUCGUAGUCUUCUAUAGAAGCGUCUUUCCUAAGCAAGACGUUAAUAAGACGCAGAUAGAAGGCGCAGAACCUAUCCUAAAUACCCUAAUACCCUAAAUGAUUACAGUUAACACCUAGCCAUAUACGUUGUCCACGGCAUAGUCGAAAUGAUAGAUACACGUCCUGGUAGGUACAACAUUGACCCUGAAUAAUGAAAAAUGGUAUAAUAAUUAUUAUACAAAGCAAAUUUAGCGUUACCACUGAAAGAGCACAACGCCAGGUGGACUAAGAGCACGUUUGAUAUUCUAAAAAUACUGAAAUCAUUCCUUUAAUUUUAAUAUGCAUAAUAUUAUUUGUACGAAACAUAUUACGAACGUCCAACGAUUAUAAUUUUAUCAAAAUUGAUGUUCCCAAUGAAAUAAAUAAAAAAUAUUAUUAAUAAAUAAAUUUUAACACAUUUAUAAGGGAUGGGUUGAUAAUUUUUUCCAAAAUUUAAUGGUGCUUGUGUAUGUGCGCAAUGUGUGCAAUUCGUUCUGCAGAUCUCGUAAGAGGCGAAAUAAUGCAUUAUGUGAUUGAUUGUAUGCAAUCGAGGACUAUUCAAAGUUUUAGAUUUUCAUAAAUUUAAGGUAACUUCAAAUUGUCUUUUUUCUGAUAUAGUGUAUUGUGAAUUAUAUACCUAAACGUGUACUUAGACUUUGCUUUGUGCUAAUACUUAAGUAUUCUCAUUUAUUUGCUCACAACUACCAUUUUAAAAAACAAAAAUUAACAAAUUAACAGCUCUGGUAACAUUAUUCAGAGUAACAAACUCAAAAAUCAUAUAUUUAAAAUGUUUAAUAAAUUUUAUUUGAUUGUUAUUAUUAACUUUUAAUAUAUUUGAUAUGUAUAUAAUGAUAUAUUAUUCUUAAUAUAGAAUUAAACUAAAAAAAAUUAGCGAUAUUUUCUGAAAAUGUCAUGCUAAGUUAAAAAUAAUUUGAGCUUGUCAGAGAUACAAACAUUAAUAUUAUGAAUAAUAUUAUUGUCUUCGACGAUAUCAUAGCGAUAUAAGAUAUAAAAUUAUAUGUAUUCAACUAUAAAGUAUUAAUUUAAGAAGCUAAUGUUUUAUUAAAACCAAAGAGAACUCUGUUCUUGCAUAGAGUAUUGUAUUAUAUUUUAUUAGUUUCAUUUCUAGAUCAAUUAUUUAAAAUGUGUAUAUUUGAAAUUUAAUUAUGUAAUGUAGGGAGUUUUUUCUACUUGCGAUAGAGUGGUAUAUUUCAGCAAUAUGCAACGGUAACACCGGUUUGUAUAUUUUUGUCACAAAGCAAAUAUGCGUUUGCUUUGUAGGACACUCAAGUGUUCAAAUGGAAAUGAAAUUACUAGCACGCGUCUCAAAGGGACAAUGGCGUUCAUAUCGAGGUAGCAAGGUAACUUUUGGAGUUUCAUACCAGCAGGCCUAAUACUAGCUUAUUUAUAUAUUUACGCCAACAAAAAAAUUGUUGACUAAAUUUGAUAUUGCAGUACGAUUUAGCUUUAGCUGAGUCGGUGAUAAUUUGUUUUCUCUCCAAUUAAUAUUUUUAAUGACUAAUAUUUUAAUGUACUUAUAAGUCUAAAUGAUUAAAUAGUCAAAGUAUUAGAAACUUGUAGUUAUUUAUUGUUCAAUUUAUUUGGAUUAAUAUUAUUUUAAACUAUGUUCAAUUAUAUUUUAUAGGUAGUAACGUUUUCAGUUUUCCUGGGAUGCGGCGUGGGCGUGUGUAGUAGCGUGAGGCAUAUUUAUUCAUCAAGAAUGCGGGUAGUCGUUCUGUCGGUGAUUUUGUAAACGAAAUAUGUGGCUGUGCUUAGUUUUGGUCUUUAUUAAUGUCUUUGCGAUGUUCUUCUUUGGAUAAGGUUUGAAACGAUAGUCUAAGGAUGUAUUUAUGUACCUUGCGCUAUGUUCAGUGUAUCGUUUCGCUAAGAUAUAACGCUAUAACAUUUUCUGCGUAAUAUAGCAUCUUUAAAAGGUAAUAUAAUAAAUCUGCUUGAUUUGUAUAGAGUUGGGGAGAUUACACAAGCGGGGCAUAGAAUAGGUCGUUGCCAUUUUUAGAACAGUGAAAUUAUAACAAUGAAUUUGAAUAUAGCUGCAGUAAUUUUAAUGCUGAAUUUUAUUGAAACGAUAAAAAAUUUAACUGUAAUAAAAUUAGUGUUUACGCUUUCUUAAUGGUGGCUGCACAAAUUCAUACUCCGUCGUACUAUUUCAAUGUACUGUAUGCAGUAAUAAUCUAUUUAUGCAAAUGAUGAGACGUGGUGCUUAAAGGAGACUAACUCGUCCAGCGUUCUGCUCGUAGACGUGGGUUUCACUUUCUAUAGACAACCGCCCUAUUCACCCCUCGGCAAUUCUCGGCGACGGAGGUCAUGGCGAACCACAAUUCAGACAGCGAUUAUAACCGCCUUCUUCACCCCUCGGCAAAUCUCGGCGACGGAGGUCAUGGCGAACCACAAUUCAGACUGCGAUUGUUUAAUAGUUCGCUUUUAAACAUGCGAGACUACUGUUACACUUUUAUACUACGUCAUAUUUUGGCGGCAAUUUUAAUAAUGUCACAGAUAAUAUAUUAUUAUGUAGCGGUCUCAAAUAAGAAUUUAUAGUAAUCCUUUGCAAUCUCGUACCACAUCAGUGAAUAGUUACGAUUCGAUUGGACUCGUCUACGUUCGGUUUCUAUGAAAACGGCACUAAUUGAUCGUUUAAGGAAAUUUAAAACACUUAAUUUUUAAAACGACCGUUAAAAAGUAUUAAGUGGAUUUUGCGUAUACUUUUUAAAUAAUGGUUUAACUAUUUAAAACUAUGUUUUAUUAGAUUUGUUCGGAUAUUUAAAGAGAUAGAACAGAUAAUUUGAGGUUCCUUGCGGAAUUCGUAUUCAAGUGUAGAUAUAUCAUAUAGGUAUGCCUAUUAUAUUCUCCUUGAAAAUUUUGCAAAUUCUGCUUUCAUCGAUUUAUUUCGAUUAUAAUAUGGACAGGUGGUGAGUUCAUUAUAUUAAAACCGUAGCUUAAUUAUUAGAAGAAAAAAAAACUAUUAGUGAUGAUCUAGUACAGUCGAACAACGAAAAUCUCUUUGUGAGUUGAGUUCGAUGAGUUAGAAUACAUUUUGUAGCUUUGUAAUAUACGAUCUUCCUUAAAAUGUGUUUGAACAGUGAUAAAAUGCUCCGAAAUUAGGAGUUUCUCUUCUAGAAUUGAUAGUAUAUUAUAGUGGAUAGGUUCCGAAUAUACUAUUUGCUAGAAAGUACACUGUGCACGCCGAACCCGACUAAAAACUAGAUCAAUGAAGUGGACAGCUGGUAAUUUAAAUGUUACCUCCAUGGAGUUUACGCUUUGUAACAAAUGUGUAGGUACUUACGAAAAGUAUAAAAUAUAUCAGCUAACGUAAAUAAUGUUAAUUGAUAUUGGUAUUGGAAAGAUUUGUAGCAUUUUCCCAUAUUUCCUUAUAAACCUUAUAGCAGUCGAAUCAAAUCAAAUAGAUUUUUAUAUAAGUAUGUCAUGACCGGGGCUUUUGAAUCAUCAUGACUAGCACCGAUUCUGAAAGCAGCUUCAGGGAAACGGUAAGAAACUUACGGCUUAGUCUUUAAACAAAUAUACCUAAUAAUAUGUACGGAAUAUUUAAAUAAAAUAUAAUUAAAUCAGUAUAUUAGUAGAGAUACUUGAACCAGAGGAAACAAGUCUGCACCGGACAAGCAUCUAUACUGUUGCUGUGUGAAGCAGAAAUACAAACAUACAUCAAUAUUGAGAAACGUGUUUUUUUUUUAAUUACCUAAUUACUAAAAGCCUCGGAGCUAUUCUGGUUUCACCGGGUGUCUAGGCGAGCUCACGGGGCUCAGCCUGAGAGACUUUGAGGCCACUGAGUUUCUCGCCGGAUCUUCUCAGUGGGUCGCGUUUCCGAUCCGGUGGUAGAUUCUGCGAAGCACUGCUCUUACUAGGGCCAGUGAUGCUAACACUCCCAGUUUGAGCCCCGUGAGCUCACCUACUAGCUCGGUGAAUCUAGAAUAACCCCUCGAGGUUACUGGAACUUAAAAAAAAGAUACUUUGUUAACACAAGCCCCAACAGGAGCAGUGCUUCGCUGAAUCUACCAUCGGGUCGGAAUCGAAGACUCGUUGAGAAGAUUCGGCGAGAAACUCAGUCGAUAGGAAACGUGACGUAUAAAUAUAUGUAAUAGAUCAAAUAAGAAUAAUAUUUUCUGAUAAAUUUGCUAUAAUAAGACCUAUGUAUGUAUAUGAUCCAGAAAUCUGGAUAUAACACUUAAAUGUUAUAAUGCAAAAUUCUCAAAUAAAAUAUUACCUACUAUUCCAAGCAUGCAUUGGAGUUAAAUUAUUAACAUUCUUAUAAUUAAGGUAAUUUAAGCACAACGUCAAUUGUUAUCGUAAAAGUGAGUUGUAUUUUAAAUGUUUUACAGAAUAUAAUUCCAAUUAAGUAACAUUGACAGCUAUUAUAUUUAAUAAAUUAUGAUAUAAAAUUAUUAUAUAAAAAAUAAAUAUGAGAAUAAUAUUAGUGUUGUUCGUGAUAUGUGUGAUGAUUUUAAUAAAUGUGAGAUUGUGA